UUUCACGAAGUUUCCGGUGUUGUGUAUGUUCCUGGAAACAUGGCGGUCAGCAUCCGCGGCCGUCCGAUCCGAAGUCUUCGGAUGCGAGGUCGGAAUGACAGUGGGGAAGAGAACGUACCGCUCGAUCUGACCAGAGAACCCUCUGACAACUUGCGUGAAAUUCUUCAAAAUGUUGCCAAGCCACAUGGCGUCACCAACAUGCGGAAACUGGGCCACCUGAACAAUUUCAUAAAGCUGCUAAUCAGCAUUGGCCACUGCGAGGAGAAGUUUGGGUUUACAUAUGAAGAAAUCAUCAUCUGCCUGCGGUUAGCCCUGCUGAAUGAGGCCAAGGAGGUGCGUGCUGCAGGCCUGAGGGUUCUGAGGUACCUCAUCAGAGACAGCAAUGUGCUGCAAAAGGUCCUCAGAUUGCAGGUGGACUACUUGAUUGCCAGGUGCAUUGACAUCCAGCAGAGCAAUGAGGGGGAGAGGACUCAGGCCCUCCGACUGGUCAGAAAGAUGAUCACAGUGAACGCUCUGCUGUUCCCCAGUUCUGUCACCAACUCUCUGAUCGCUGUGGGAACAGACGGGCUGCAGGAGAGGGACCGCAUGGUGCGCGCUGCCAUUGCCAUCGUCUGCGAACUUGCGUUGAAGAACCCAGAGGUAGUGGCCAAUAGGGGGGGUCUCAGCACCAUAUUAAAGAGUGUGAUCGACUGUCAGCUGAGCCGCAUCAAUGAGGCUCUGAUCACCACCAUCCUCCACCUGCUCAACCAUCCACACACCAGGCAAUAUGUACGCAAUGAUGUGGAGCUGGAGCAAAUCCUAGCACCUUUCACAGACUUCCACUACCGUCACAAUGCAGACACGUCAGAGAUCCAGCUCAAGGAGGACCGCGAUGCUCGUUUCCUGUCCAGCAGGAUGGCUAUAGUAGCUGCCUUCCGCUCCUGGUCUGGGAUCAUUAACCUCUGUAGGGCCGGGAACUCUGGGAUCCAAUCCCUUAUUGGUCUGCUGUCUAUACCAAAUGUGGAAGUGAGGAAAGGUUUGAUGGAGGUAUUGUAUGAGAUAUUUAGGAUACCUCUCCCCAUUGUAACCCAGGACUUUACGGAAGCACUUCUCAGCGUGGACCCCAGUAGGUGCCAGGACAGCUGGAGACUGUCUGAUGGCUUUGUGGCUGCGGAGGCUAAAGUCCUCCUGCCUCAUCGAGCCAGGUCCAGGCCUGACCUGAUGGAUAACUACCUGGCUUUGGUACUGGCUGCCUUCAUCUCCAGUUGCCUGCUAGAGGGUCUGGUAGAAGUUGUGACCAGCAGUGAGGACCAGAUAUCAGUGAGAGCCACCAUCCUACUGGGAGAACUGCUACACAUGGCCAACACCAUCCUCCCUCACUCCCACAGUCACCACCUGCACUGUCUACCCACCCUUAUCAACAUGGCUGCCUCUUUUGACAUCCCCAAGGAGAAACGCCUACGGGCGAGUGCGGCAGUCAACCACUUGAAGCGUUUCCAUGACAAGAAGAAACAAGGACCCAAACCCCAUAGUCUGUAUCUGGACCACAUUGUCCGCAAGUCUGUGUCUGCACACCACCGGAGAGAGACACACACACGCGUACACAGAGACAUCUAUGCUAUUAAGGACACGGAGGAAGCCCUGAUGUUGAACCUGAGAGACAGUCAGAUCCUUAACCACAAACAGAACCUUGACUGGAACUGGCUCCUCAUCGCAACUAUCCUCAAGUGGCCUAACGUUAACCUCAGGAACAACAAAGAUGAACAGAUGCACAAGUUUGUACGGAGACUGCUGUACUUCUAUAAGCCCAGCAGUAAGCUGUAUGCAGGGCUGGAGCUGGACCAUCCUAAAGCCAGACAGCUCACUGUGGUGGGAUGCCAGUUCAUCGAGUUCCUCAUAGAGUCUGAUGAGGAUGGCCAGGCGUACCUGGAGGAGCUGGUGAAGGACAUGGUGGCUUGGCUGUCCUUGUCCUCUGGUCUGAAGCCAGACCGCUGUCUCCAGAGCAACGGGCUGCUCACCACCCUCAGCCAGCACUACUUCUUGUUCCUGGGGACCCUCUCGGCCCACCCACACGGGGUUAAACUGCUGGAGAAGUGCGGCCUCUUUCAGAGUCUGCUGAACCUGUGCUCUGUGAAGAAUCAGGACGCUGUGUUGAAGCUGGCUGUGUCUACUCUGGACUACAGCACAGAUGGACUGGCCAGAGUCAUCCUCUCCAAGAUCCUCACUGCUGCCACUGAUACGUGCAGGCUGUAUGCCACCAAGCACCUGCGUGUGUUGCUGAGGGCAGGGGUGGAGUUCUUCAGUAACUGGGGCAUGGAGCUGCUGGUCACCCAGCUGCACGACCACAGCAAGGCAGUCUCCAUGGAAGCCCUGGACAUACUGGACGAGGCCUGCGAGGACAAGGCUAACCUCCAUGCUCUGAUCCAACUCAAACCAGCUCUGACCCACCUGGGAGACAAGGGCCUUCUGCUGCUCCUCAGGUUUCUGUCUAUUCCUAAGGGCUUCUCCUACCUCAAUGAGAGGGGUUACGUCAGCAAACAGUUGGACAGAUGGCAAAAGGAGUACAACCUGAAGUAUGUAGAUCUGAUUGAGGAGCAGUUGAAUGAAGCGUUAACUACAUACCGGAAACCUGUGGACGGAGACAACUACGUCAGACGCAGCAACCAAAGGUUACAGAGACCAAAUGUUUAUCUUCCUGUGCACUUGUAUGGUCAGCUAGUCCAUGAUAAGACAGGCUGCCACCUACUAGAGACUCAGAGCGUGGUCCCUGACCUCAGCUACACGGUUCGCUCCCCGAUGCUGGACACCUGGGAGGGCAUCAAACAGCUGAAGGCAGCCCUCUGGGCUCUGGGUAACAUUGGGUCAUCAAACUGGGGUCUGAACCUGCUUCAGGAGGAGAACGUCAUCCCUGACAUCCUGGCCUUGGCACAACACUGUGAGGUCCUGUCCGUACGGGGAACGUGCGUGUACGUCGUUGGCGUGAUCUCCAAGACGCGGCAGGGCUGUGAAGUGUUGAAACAGUAUGGCUGGGACACAGUCAGACACAGUCGCCAGACACUGUGGCCCGUCACCCCAGACGAGGUGGACAAACCGAUGACCUCUAAACUUUCCUCCGUACCGAGCACGCUCAGUCUCAACUCCGAGUCCACCAGCUCCCGACACAAUAGCGAGAGCGAGUCCCAACCCAACAUGUACAUCCUGGAUGAUGACAAGUCUGAGAUGUUGGACCAAUCAGACGACGCCUCCCUCUACCUGCGUUCCAAACCCAUGAAGGACCGCAGCCCCUUCACCAUCCUGGCCUCCACCCGUUUUGUACGCAACCGCUUCCUCAACUCCCUGUCGCUCCCCAGCAAGAAGUUGCGCUCCACCAGCGACCCCAAGUCAAUGGGGGGCAGCCGCACCCCCACCGAGCCCAAACUGGGAGGGCUGAGGAGGAACAGGACGGUAACGGAGCCCUCCAUCUACUCCUCGUCGCCAGGCGAUGUGUUUACGUCUGUGUUCAAUGGGAGAGGCAUGCCCAAGAGUCCCACAGUCAGCCUGGAAACCUCCUUUGUGGGGAUCAGGGACUCUGUGGGGGGGUCUGUGGAGCAGCUGGGAGAGGGGAGGCUAUCCCGGGCUGGUGGAGGGGGGUCUGGGCUGGGGGGUCCUGGAGAGCCCCCGUCCAGGGAGCAGAGUAGCCGGGAACGUCUAGCGGGAGAUGGGGGAGGGACUCAGUUUAAAAGCCGCAGUCAGAGCUUCAACACAGACACCACCACAAGCGGCAUCAGCUCCAUGAGCUCCAGCCCCUCCCGCGAGACUGUGGGAAACCCUGAGCAUCCCGAGCCAGACUCGUCGGACUGUGUCAGCCUCAACACAGUGGUCUCGGCUAAGACGGUCAAAACGCUGUAUACCCUCGCCCCAACCCAGGCCCACACCAACCACCUGCCUCUCUCCAAGUCUAACUCUGUCUCCCUGGUCCCCCCUGGCUCCUCACACACCCUCCCCCGCAGAGCCCAGAGCCUCAAGUCUCCCUCGGUGGCGGCCAUUAAGAGCCUUGCAGACUGCAGUUUCAUGUACACCAGCCCGCGGGAUGCACUAGGCUAUGCUACUCUGAAGAGGCUGCAGCAGCAGAGGAUCCACCCGUCUCUGUCUCAUAGUGAGUCGUUAGCGUCGCCCGCUAAAGACGUGCUCUUCACUGACACUAUCACUAUGAAGACCGGUAGUCUGGACUCGAGGCUGACGCCGCGCAGCUCAGCUUGGGCUCCUGAAGGGUUCUUCCCCACAGCCCAGUCUUGGUCGGUAGACAGAGAGAGGCAGACUGAGGUGGAGUAUCUCAGGUUGUCUGCUAAGAGAGUGAGCUGUCCAGCCCCCCGCCCCUCUGAUGCCCACCGCAGGCCAUCCAGAGCCUACGUCCCUCGGUUGUCUGCUAAGAGGGUCAGCUGUCCAGCUGUCCAGCCACUCCGCAGGAUGUCCAUCUCUAUGCCUUGGUUUCUGAAGGCGUUGAGUUUUGCGUCUCUGGACAAGGAGGAUCUGCUGAGCCCCAUCAACCAGAUCACUCUGCAGCGUUGCUCGUCGGUGCGCUCCAUGGUGUCCAGCGCCACCUACGGCUGUAACGACGACUACGUGGGCCUGGCGCUGCCCAUGGACAUCAACGACAUGUUCUACAUCCGAGACACGCCCUACUUCCAACAGAGGACUAGCCCGCCCGCCGACGAGAAGUGUCCGUUCUACUUUGGAGACUCAGACAGUGACGGUGGUCGUCCCUAUCCUCCUAUCCCACUGCUGAAGCAGCAGUUCAGUAUCUCAGAGCUGAUGGCCAGCAGAGAGAACAACCAGAACCAUAUCCUGGGUCCAGAGGAGACGGGUCUACAGGAACACACUGACGACAACUGUCUCUACUGCGUAGGAGCUACUGUACUGGGCUACCCCACACAGCCUCAGAUCAACAACGCACACACACGCACUGACUACAUAGACUUUCAGUGGUCGAGUCAGACCAGCCAUCGUCUGGAGGUGAUGCCUCAGUCCAAGUUCUCUGGCGUCUCCGGCUGCAGCGACGCUGCUGUGUCACAGGGAUCCGUCUGCAGCACACCUACUCCUGCUGACAUAGUGCUAGGUGGCAAGGCAAUAUCUGAAGACGGCCCGGCCUGUCGGGUCCUGCUGAGGAAGGAGGUGCUUCGCCUCGUCAUCAACCUCAGCUCUUCUGUAGGAACCAAGGGCCACGAGACAGGACUACUGACGAUAAAAGAGAAGUUUCCCUAUGCGUUUGAUGAUAUCUGUUUGUACUCUGAGGUGUCUCACCUGCUGGCCCACUGUAUGUUCCGCCUGCCCUCUCGACGCUUCAUACAGGAACUCUUUCAGGACGUACACUUCAUACCGAUGUACGAGGAAGCAGAAGCGAUCCUGUCGAAGCCACCAAAGCCCGUCGGAGUGGAUAUAGACCCUCCCACGAAGUUCUGACUUUCCUCAUCUCUGUCCUCCCCUCCCUGUUGAGACGCUGCUUUCCCUCCAACCCUCACAUAGAGAUACAGAGAGCAACAUAGUGAAAAAAGGGAGGGAUGGAGAGAAAGGAUAAAAGAGAAGAGGGGAGAAGUUUUGCUGAAGUUCAAGAUGGAGGGAGCAUGGGUGAGAGAAGGAAGGGAUCAUGGAUGUUAAAGAAUGAGUGUGAAAGGGUUGUCUCCCUCCGGUUGCUGGAGAAAGAGGAGAUGGACUAUCUGAACAAAUGAAACCUAACACGUCUAGUUUUGUUCCUGCCUAUGGCCAACAGGGGGAGCAGUUUUACCAAAUGCUGUUUUCAGACGGAUGUACAAGCCUGACCAACUGACAUGACAGGAGACACAUCAACUACUUAACACAUCACACUUAACCUAAACACAAGCUGGAUGAAAUAUGACUAAGUCUUGAAAAAUGUGAUCUUGCUCUGGUGUAUGCUGAUAUGAAAUGAAAAGGGCAUGUUCAGUCCAUCCUAGUCAGUGCUGGACUCAUCCUCUUCUCCCUCAUAAUGGAAACACUACAGAAGGUUCUAGAAGCCUCCCUCAUAGUUAUACCCUCAGUCUGUUUCUGCUAGAGAUGGUUGUGCUGUGAUCUCAUAAGUUUAUUAUUUCCAACUCCGCUUAUGAUCAAAAUACAUUUUUCUAUUUAUGUCUAUAGACUGUCAGACAAUCAAACAUCAGUAGUGUAUUGUAAAAAAGAAAAAAUGUUUAGCCAUCACACUCUUUUCCCAUCUGGACACAUAGAACAUAACUGCUGUGGCUUGCUGUCUGUCACCCUUUCUGUAUUCCUCUAUCUCUGACCCUGGUUUGGAAGGACACUGCCUCUGACAGUGGCAACAGCCGGGUUCUCUCACCUUUUCAUUGGUUCUCUUUAUGGAGGUUGUCAGAAACCCUACCUCCGUGCUUCGCUCUCACUGCAUGUACAAACGGCAUGUCAAAACUGUAAUAUUAGAUCAUUGUCACUGUUUCUGAAAAGUGUUAAUUUAUUUCUUCCAAAUGCUUCUAAUAGUUUCAUUGUCUUAAAUCAUAAUAGGUUGCCAUCACUUGUUUGCAAGCUGGGGAAAGUAAUGGUCCCUAAGUUGUUUUCACAAUGCAGAUAUUGCUGUCUAUCAUUGGCUGAGAUGAGAGGACAGGGUGACUUGAUCAUUUAUGGAUUGCUGUAAGGUUUCCAUGGGAACAGGUUUCUGUUUCUAUUGGUUAGUUUUGCUAUUAUGCUGCUACACAAGUGGACUCCUAGGGUGAUUUAUAGGUCUGCUGAGUGAUGUCAGAUCUAUUUAUUGUAUCUGUACCAUAGCAGAGUGACUGAGAUGAGAAGAGUUAUUUAUAUAUUUUUUUCCUUGAGACUGUAUUAUAAUUUAAAGAUUUUUCUUUUGUGUUUUUUUUGCUUGAAUCGUGGUUUCCCUUGUAUAAUGUGUACAGUGUGUUUUGGGGCAUUGCUGACCUAAAGAAGCAUACAAUCUUAUUAAAGGGAUACAUUGUUAAUAAAUUAAAAAAAAAAAAUCUUGAACUACA